GUCACAGUGAGGCUCAAACCCUGCUGAGAUUUGGGAACUCAACCCCAAUCUCCAAUCUCCAAUCUCCAACCCCAGCAACAAACUUCUUACCGCCUGAUACUUGAAAAAGGUAAAGGAUAUGACUUGCGUAAUUUAAUUUAUUCUAUGCAGCGACCCAUUAAUUAAUUAACCCCUUCUUUCGCUUACCCCCAGAUUCUAAAAUGGACUAUCCGUCCAUCCACGGCCAAGAUAUAUCUAGUUUCGAUCUAACUUCGACUCAUCGCUUGCCAACUAUUUCUGCGGCCCAGGCGCUUGAGGAUCUAGGGACUGAUCCCCAACGAUUUUUACCGACAAAUAUUGAGGCUCUCGACCAAGUCCUCAAUGAUGUCAUUGGUGAGAGUAGCAGCACCUUACCUCGUCCUGGUGGCCUGCAGAAAGGCCAAGUCAUAGAGAUAUGGGGUCCCCCAGGAUCUGGAAAGACUUCCCUCGGAACCCAGCUCGCUGCAAAUGUCUUACGACAGGGUGAGAAGGUUGUUUGGGUAGAUGGGUUCCAUCCGGUAUCUUCCCGUAGGCUUCAUGAUAUGAUCACUUCUGUUUCGACAUCAUUAACAGCGGAUCAAUUGGAUAAUUUCGUCCAUUUCCAAGCACCGACCCUGGCGCAUCUUAUCGGUCUCAUAUGCAAACCUACAGCAAAUGCGAUUCCUAACAAUACAUCCCUCGUCGUAAUCGAUACCCUGUCAAGCCUGGUGAACUACGCUUUCCCUAAAAACUCCGAGACCCGACAGGCUCAAAAAGGGCCAGGACCUUCGGCUAGAAGGUUGCAGGUCCUUCAGUUCUUGAUUUCGACGCUUCAGAAACUUUCCGCCACGAGGGAUAUUUGCAUCGUAAUUUUGUCCCAGUGCGCUACUCGAAUGCAGUUUGAGCAUGGCGCUACUCUCAUCCCCGCUAUUAAUGCUGGCACUUGGGAGCAGGGAAUUGCUACUCGGCUAGUUCUAUUUAGGGACUGGAUAAUGGAGAACAACACGGUCCACGACGUCCACUUUGUUGGCAUUCAGAAAUUGAAUGGUAAGAUGACCCCGGGGGGCCUCAGUCAGGUUUUUGCCUUUCAUGUCCAGAGCGACGGUCUUGUUGGUAUGGGCCUGGAUAAGAGCCAAGCAUCCUUGCCUCUGUCCCCAACUUCGCGACAUAAGCGAAAAUUAGGUCAAACCGAUUUCGAGGUUGCAGAUAGCGAAGGUGAAGACUAUGGCUGGGAAGACGACGAUGAAUUAGAAAUGCCAAGCAUGCCCCCUCAAUGGCAGGGAAGUGAGGACAUUCUUCUUGGACAGGCAGAAGACGAUGAUGGCCAGACUGAAGACGGAUCAGAACACCAACCCGGACAUUUAGAAGAGACUACGCUCCGUUUGGGUUCGGAUCUUGCCGGGGAUGAGGGGAACGGCUGCAGCUAAUAUCCAUAUUUAUGGGUCCUUAAUGGCCUGAGUCUGAUCUGUUAUGAAUGUGAAGCAUACUAUGUAAGUGUGAGCCAGGAACGUUCAUGAUAAAUCCCCCUCAAAAACCAUGGGUAACCUCAGCAUGCCCCUUUGAGAACUCCACUGCGGCUCAACACCAAAAAGAAUUCACCAUGAAACGUCGGCCAAAUGUCGGCUCCUUAUGCUCUAGCCUCAACGGUCG